AUGCAAACAGCGCCUCCAUUCUCACAUAAUCACACCAAUCCUCUAUUAAUGAAAGAUGACGUUGGCAAGUCAAAACCUUCAACUUUCAAUCUUCCCAACCAAGAUUUCGUUUAUGGGCAGCCAUUAGCCAGAGAUAAGGAAGGAGCAAAAGAAGUAACCAUGACAUGGAAAUUCCAUUAAGAAUCUCAAGACAGAGUGCCCAAUAGAGAUUUUCCUGAAUUAAACAAAUAAUCCAUUCACAAUGGAUCUGUCAAAGCACAUGUAACUGUACAUUCUAUUCAGGAUAUGUAUAAAUUUAGAUAGACUCAUGAUGCAAGAUUGAAACUUAAAAAAGGUACAAACAUUCAAGCCAUAGAAUUACCAGAAGAAGAAUUUAGAUAUGGACGUAAAAAUAGGCCAUCAACACCUAUGAAAUUGGUCAUGGGUAAUUCCUAUGGAAUUGAGGCUGAAUCCCAAAUUUUAGACAAAUAUCAAGGCAGAGCAAGUUCAUAAGUAUCAUUCAAAACCUAUAUAAAGGAUUCUAAGCUUUCUUCCUCUUUAGUAAAAGGUAAUAAAGCCUCCUAAUUGUUUUAUGAUACCAAUCAUAAAAAACUAGCAGCCAUUUAAGGAGUUGAGAAAAAAGAACCUUUUAAAAUGGAAAAAUUUAAAACAGUAAACCCCAAAAUCAAUACAAAUUUAUCGACUAAAAAAUGA